CCGGAAGCAGAGCUGCGCGGCGAAGGGCCGCCGUGGAGCCACCGCCCCCUUACCGCUUCGCCGCUGUUUGGGGAGCCCGGACCGCGGCAGCGCCGGGUUGCCCUGAUGGUUCCCGGCCGGUGGCGGCGGCAGAGGCGGCGGGAGGAUGACCUCUCCCCGGGAGCGGGGUGCCGAUCUGGCCCGUUUCUACACUGUCACCGAGCCCCAGCGACAUCCAAGGGGCUACACGGUGUAUAAGGUCACCGCCCGGGUUGUUUCACGAAGAAAUCCAGAGGAUGUCCAGGAGAUAAUCAUAUGGAAGAGAUACAGUGACUUUAAGAAACUACACAAAGAACUAUGGCAAAUUCACAAAAACUUAUUCCGGCAUUCAGAAUUAUUUCCUCCAUUUGCUAAAGGAAUAGUGUUUGGACGAUUUGAUGAAACGGUCAUUGAAGAGAGAAGACAGUGUGCUGAAGAUUUGCUACAGUUCUCUGCCAAUAUCCCCGCUCUUUAUAACAGUAAACAACUUGAAGAUUUUUUCAAGGGUGGAAUAAUUAAUGAUGGUUCUGAAUUGAUUGGUCCUGCUGAAGCAUAUUCGGAUUCCCUCGUUGAUAGCUUUCCUGAGUGUAGUACAGAAGGUUUCUCCAGCGACAGUGAUCUGAUAUCUCUUACUGUUGAUGUGGAUUCUCUUGCUGAGUUAGAUGAUGGAAUGGCUUCCAAUCAAAAUUCUCCCAUUAGAACUUUUGGUCCCAAUCUUUCUUCGGAUCCUUCAGCACUAGGGGCUGUUGCUUCUGACAGCGAACAGAACAAACCAGAAGAAGAACGGGAAAGUCGCAGCCUCUUUCCUGGCAGUUUAAAAUCCAAGCUUGGCAAGAGAGAUUAUUUGGAGAAAGCAGGAGAAUUAAUAAAGCUGGCUUUAAAAAAAGAAGAAGAAGAAGACUAUGAAGCUGCUUCCAAUUUUUAUAGGAAAGGAGUUGAUUUACUCCUAGAAGGUGUUCAAGGAGAGUCAAGCCCUACCCGUCGAGAAGCUGUGAAGAGAAGAACGGCAGAGUAUCUCAUGCGAGCAGAGAGUCUCUCCAGCCUUUAUGGAAAACCUCAGCUUGAUGAUGUAUAUCAGCCUCCAGGAUCACUAAGUUCAAGGCCCCCUUGGAACCUAAGGAGCCCUGCCGAGGAGCUGAAGGCCUUCAGAGUCCUUGGGGUGAUUGACAAGGUUUUACUUGUAAUGGACACAAGGACAGAACAGACAUUCAUUUUAAAAGGUCUAAGGAAAAGCAGUGAAUACAGCCGGAACAGAAAGACCAUCAUCCCCCGCUGUGUGCCCAACAUGGUGUGUCUGCACAAGUACAUCAUUUCUGAGGAGUCCGUAUUUCUUGUGCUGCAGCACGCGGAAGGUGGCAAACUCUGGUCGUAUAUCAGUAAGUUUCUAAACAGAAGCCCUGAAGAAAGCUUUGACAUCGGGGAAGUGAAAAAAUCUACACUUACUAAAGUUCACCUGCAACAGCCAACUUCUAGUCCUCAGGACAGCAGCAGCUUUGAAUCCAGAGGAAGUGAUGGUGGAACCACGCUUCAAGUUCUGCCUUUGAAGACUAGUCUUACUCCGAGCUCUCAAGAUGAUAGUAACCAAGACGAAGAAGGCCAAGAUAGCUCUCCAAAAUGGCCAGAUUCUGGCUCAAGUUCAGAAGAAGAAUGUACUACUAGUUAUUUGACAUUAUGCAAUGAAUAUGGUCAAGAAAAGAUUGAACCAGGGUCAUUGAAUGAGGAGCCUUUCAUGAAGAUUGGAGGGAAUGGUGUCGAUACCAAAGUUAUUGAAAGCUUCCCAACGCACCUUGCUGCUGACAGCACCCAGCAGAUAGCUCAGGAGCGGAAGUUCUUUGCUGGAGAUGAUGAUGUAGAUGCAGUUAGUUCUCCGAGGACAUCAGAUUCCCUUAGUAGAUCUAAAAACAGCCCCAUGGAAUUCUUUAGGAUAGAUAGUAAGGAUAGCACUAGUGAACUGCUAGGCCUUGAUUUUGGAGAAAAAUUGUAUAGUCUAAAGUCAGAGCCUUUGAAACCAUUUUUCACUCUUCCAGAUGGAGACAGCACUUCCAGGAGUUUCAAUGCUAGUGAAAGCAAGGUAGAGCUUAUAGCCCAGGACACCAUUAGCAGGGGCUCAGAUGACUCUGUCCCAGUUAUUUCUUUUAAAGAUGCUGCUUUCGACGAUGUCAUUGGCACUGAGGAAGGAAGGCCUGAUCUUCUUGUAAAUCUACCUGGUGAACUGGAGCCAACCAAAGAUGGUGCAGCAGUGGGACCUACUAAGUUUACACAGACGAAUAUAGGCGUGAUUGAGAGUAAACUAUUGGAAGCCCCGGAUGUUUUAUGCCUCAGGCUUAGUACUGAACAAUGCCAAACAAGUGAAGAAAAAGGCCCAGAGGAAUUGAGUGAUCCCUCUAGACCUCAAUCCCCGAGUAUAGCAGAGAAACACAAUGCACAGGGGGAUCUGGGGAUGUUACUUGUAGCAGCUGCUGAUCGUAGUAGUUCAGGAGACGUGUCUUUGUUACGCAGCUCGGAUUCUAAGCUCCCAGGACUUAGAGUGGUAGAGUCGGCAGUAACUGCAAACAACACGGAAGAAAGUUUAUUCCCUAUUUCUAACCCACUCUCAGGUGCUAAUGAAUAUAAUGUAAACACAGACACUUUAAAAACUGAAGAAGUAUUGCUGUUCACAGAUCAAACUGAGGAUUUGGCUAAAGAGGAACUGACUUUAUUUCAGAGAGACCCAGAGACUAAGGGAGAGAGUGGAUUAGCACUAGAAGGAGACAAGGAAAUACAUCAGAUUUUUGAGGACCUUGAUAAAAAAUUAGCACUAAACUCCAGGUUUUACAUCCCCGAGGGCUGCAUUCAAAGAUGGGCAGCUGAAAUGGUGGUAGCCCUUGAUGCUUUACAUAGAGAGGGAAUUGUGUGCCGCGAUUUGAACCCAAACAACAUCUUAUUGAAUGAUAGAGGACACAUUCAGCUAACGUAUUUUAGCAGGUGGAGUGAGGUUGAAGAUUCCUGUGACAGCGAUGCCGUAGAGAGAAUGUACUGUGCCCCAGACUAGCAGCCAGAUACUGUAGCCAGCUUACACACCGGUGGCACCUUUCACAGGACGGUGUGCCUGGAUGCCUCACAUUGAACAAGGGCAUGGGAAACCCUGAGUUACCUCCCAGUCCUGUCUUCUUUCUGCUCCCAGGGCUCUUGGGCUUUUUCUUUUGCCACGUGCCGUCCCCUCAGAACAAACCGAGGCAGUCCCUGCGCUGUGAAGAGGGGAGCACUGGAAGGCGGCCACUGGCCCACCCUCUUUAAGCCACCAGCGUCUCUUGCCUGGACUACCGCCAUCAUCAACUGACUGACCUCCAUUCUCACCCGGCUUUAAUCUGUGUUUCAUCCAGCAGCCAGGGUGUGCUUUAGAUAAUGUUUGAAACUUUCUAGCCUACCACAUAUAAAAGUGUGAAAGGACUUGACGUAGAUCUCUCUGCUCAAUGGGACUUAGGAAAAUGAACAUGAUGAGGCCUUUGUAGAUGCUUUGAAUGCCUUGAAUGAACAGUGCCAUAGAACACAAGAUGGAUGUAUUGUUCAACAAACACCUAUUAAGUGCCUCCUGUGCCUAGGAGCUAGAAAUAAAAGACAUGAUUGGUAUAGUAUUGACAGUUAAUUUUGAAGACUUAUGUAAAAAAAAAAAAAAUAGAGAGAGACUACUCACACAGAAGACAUAUACAAUUGGUUACCUAGAAUGUUAAUAGACCUUCAUAGGGGAAUAGUUGUAUUUAUAGAAUUGUAAUUUACCACGCUAAUAAAAGAUGUGCUUAGCCAUUUCUGUUCUCACCAUUUAGUUCCAUAUAUUGCUGGAUUAAAACAAAAAUUCUUUCUUCUGUGUUUCUUUCUCUUUGUUCUUUAGUCAUCAGCUGUAGUGGAAGACUAAUGCUCAGCCCCUGCAUAGAAAAUCUUUAUACACAGCAAGAGCUGGUGAGAGAAAUUGACUAGAAUUUUGUAAUUCUAGUCCCUUGCAAUUAGCAACAGAUGCUGCAGGGAAAGAUUGUCUGUGUAGGAACACAGUACUAAUGUUUCCAUGCUCUAGCUGACAUGGAAUGCUCAUUGCAGAAGAAAGAUGUUCUUUUCCUUGGUCCAAGUUGUCACUAAUGAUAGACCAGAUUUUUUUUUCCUUUUUUUUCCCCCUCUUCUCUAUUCCUAUCUAAGGCUAUUUUUUUGGGCUUAAUUUUUUUUUAUUUUAAUGUUGUUUUAUU